CUAAAUGAGAAUAUGGCCAAUGGCGUUGAAGACCUGAUUGGGAUCCCAUUCCCGAACCACAGCAGUGAAGUCCUUUGUGGCUUAAAUGAACAACGGCACAAUGGUCUCCUCUGCGAUGUCAUCCUCAUUGUCCAGGACCAAGAGUACAGGACCCACAAGUCCGUACUGGCUGCCUGCAGCCAAUACUUUAAGAAACUCUUUACUACCGGCACUUUAGCGGACCAGCCCUAUGUUUACGAGAUUGACUUUGUCAAGCCUGAAGCACUUUCGGCAAUCCUAGAGUUUGCCUAUACCUCGACCCUCACCAUCACGACUUCCAACCUCAAGCACAUCCUCAACGCGGCCAAGAUGUUGGAGAUCCAGUGCGUCAUCAAUGUUUGCCUCGAAAUCAUGGAGCCCAUUGAGGAGGAGGAGGAGGACAAAGAGGAGGAAGAGGAAGAAGAGGAGGAGGAGGAUGAAGAGGAGGAGGAGGAUGAAGUAGAAGACUGUGCAAAUCAGAACUUAGCAGAUGUCCAGGACGUAAGCUGCCACCAAAGUCCUUCCAAAUCUGACCUUAGCGAAGAAGCGUACACAGAAAGUCCAAGUGGGUUCACCAACCACUUCCCAACCAACAGCACUAAUGGCUCCCUGGGAGUGAUAAGAGACUUCUCUAUCGAAUCUCUGCUGAGGGAGAACCUGUACCCUAAAGUUAGCAUUCCAGAACGGAGACCAGCUCUGUCUCCAUUUGCACCUGACCUCUUCCCUCACCUAUGGAAUGGAGAAUUCAGCCCCUUUUCCCAAAUGGAAGAACAGCAAAUGGACAAUGGUCCCUUAGACCUAGUGAUCAGGAAGAGGAAAAUCAAGGAAGAAGAGAAAGAGGAUCCCCCGCCGGCACCGUUCCCCAACGACAUCUUCAAGGACAUCUUUGCCAACAAUCCAGUGGGUCACAUGGGACACAUAAAGGCCGAAACCGAUUACAGCGCUUAUCUCAACUUCCUCAGUGCUGCCCACUUUGGGGGAGUCUUCCCUCGGUGGCCAGAAGAAAGGAAGAUGAAGCCCAAGGCUUCGCAACAGUGCCCCAUUUGCAACAAGAUCAUCAUGGGGGCGGGGAAGCUUCCACGGCACAUGAGGACCCAUACGGGAGAGAAGCCAUAUAUGUGCAAUAUCUGUGAAGUCCGAUUUACCAGGCAAGACAAGCUGAAGAUCCACAUGCGCAAGCACACCGGAGAAAGGCCCUACCUCUGCAUCCACUGCAACGCCAAAUUCGUCCACAACUAUGACCUAAAGAACCACAUGCGCAUCCACACGGGCAUCCGACCUUACCAGUGCAAGUUCUGCUACAAGAGCUUCACCCGCUCAGACCACCUGCACCGCCACAUUAAGCGCCAGAGCUGCCGGAUCUCCCGGCCCAGGAGGGGGCGCAAGCCGGCCGCCUGGAGAGCAGCGAGUUUGUUGUUUGCACCGAACGGCCAGCCUGACGAGAAAAACUUCCUAAUGCCGCCAACUCUGGAAGAGAUGGGCGGCCAUCUUGGCAGCGCGGCGAUGUGCCUUCCGGGCCCCAGCCCGAAGCAUUUUAUCGACGGGGCCAAGAAUGCUCUGAAUUUUCAAGAGCUGGAGAGCCAGUUUGAGGAGACACAAAUGAAGCUCUUUGGGAGGACGCAUCUCGACAUGGAGCGGAACGGCGGGAUCUUCGCUUUUGCACUGGGCCCCAAUGACACCCUCUCGGCACGGCCAUAUUUCUCGCUUCCCGACCCCUGGAGUACGGGGUUUAGUGGACUGGCAGGACUCAACCACCUUGCCCCCAUUUCUGAAGCUAGCAACUGA